AGCCCAGAGGUCCACGCGGACCUUCUCUGUCUGCUGACGGGAUGGCGGACGGGAAUGAAAACCGUCUGGAGGAGCUAGAAGGGUCUGAGCUGGUUUGGGACCUAUCCGAGGUGGACAUCCUUCAAGAGCCAAACCCAACGGCGCAGCGCGAGUGUGAGAGUCAACCACCACAAGCCUCUGAAGAACCGAGCAAUGACUCCCGUGGACGCCCGUCACCAAGAAAGGGCGGACGGCUGCAAGCCCGCCACGGGAGCCGUGCAACGAAGAGGAGCUACAGCUGCAGCAAGAGUGGGAAGAGCACUGCUGGGAAGGCGGAAGAGGCCAUGCACAAGGGCCUCUAUAGCUGUCCCGACUGCGGGAAGAUCUUCAGUCGGAGGUCCUUCCUCAUCCCCCAUCAGCGCAUCCACACCGGUGAAAAGCCCUUCACCUGCCACGAGUGCGGGAAGGGUUUCCGAGUUGGGUCAGCUCUCAACAAGCAUCAACGGAUCCAUACGGGCGAGAAACCCUACAAGUGCUCGGACUGCGGGAAGCGUUUCCGUCUCACCUCCACCCUCAGCACCCAUCGGAAGAUCCAUACCGGGGAGAAACCCUACGUCUGCCUCGUUUGCGGGAAGACCUUUCGGUUGACCGCGUAUCUGCUGGCCCACGAAGCCACCCAUAGCGUGGACAACCCUUUUCGGUGUCUUGCGUGCGGGAAGAACUUCAGCUUGAGACGGUUCCUGGCCAUUCAUCAGCGGAUCCAUACGGGAGAGAAGCCGUUCAAGUGCUCCGUGUGCGGGAAGGGCUUCAACCGGCGAUCGACCCUCGUCGUUCACCAGCGGGUCCAUACCGGGGAGAAACCCUACAAGUGUCCUGAAUGCGGGAAGAGCUUCAUCAUGAGUUCAGACCUCGUCUCCCAUCGGAGAAUCCACACCGGGGAGAAACCCUACAACUGUCUCAGCUGCGAUAAAAGCUUUCGAUUGAGCUCCCACCUUACGAGACACCAGCGAAGCCACACCGGGGAGAGACCGUACAAAUGUAUGGACUGCGGGCAAAGCUACACAGACAGCUCUGGGCUCAUCAAACAUAAGAAGAUCCACGUGGAAAAGAAGCAGAGGACGUCUCAGGGAGCCCACCCAGGGGAGGGACGUUAUAAAUGCCCCUACUGUUGUAAGAGCUUCCAUGCAAAGUCAGCUCUGGUCCUUCACCGGGCUACCCACGUCGGAGAGCGACCCUAUAGAUGCUCCAAGUGCGAGAAGACCUUCCGCCACAGCGCAACCCUACUGAAACACCAACGAAUCCAUACGGGGGAGAGACCCUUCAAGUGUCCCGACUGUGAGAAGUGCUACAACGAUGGCUCAACCCUUCGGAGACACCGGAGGAGCCACACCGAGGAGAAACCCUACAAACCGACCAUCUGCGAGGAAUGUGGCCGGAGCUUCAGCCGGAGCUCGAACCUGGCGGUGCACCAGCGGUUGCACGCCGGCGAGAAGCCCUACAAGUGCUUGGAGUGCGGCAAGAGCUUCAGCCGGAGCUCCCAUCUCAUCACCCAUCAACGUCUGCACACCGGGGAGAAGCCCUACAAGUGUCCCGACUGCGGGAAGAGCUUCAGCGACAGCUCCACGCUCAUCACCCACCAACGCUUGCACACCGGCGAGAAGCCCUACAAAUGCCCCGAUUGCGGGAAGGGCUUCAACCAGAGCUCCAACCUCACGUCCCACCAACGCACCCACACCGGGGAAAGACCCUACAAGUGCCCCGAGUGCGGGAAGAGCUUCAGCGUCAGCUCCUACCUGAUCCGCCACCAGAAGAUCCACACCGGGGAGAGACCCUAUAAGUGCGAGGAGUGCGAGAAGAUGUUCAGCCAGAGCUCCAGCCUCAUCAUCCACCAGCGUGUCCACACCGGGGAGAAGCCCUACCGGUGCGUUGACUGCGGGAAGUGGUUUAGGAACAGCUCGGACCUCAUCAGGCAUCAGCGGACGCAUACGGGUGAGAGACCCUACCGCUGCCCCGACUGCGGGAAGAGCUUCAACCGCAGCUCCAACCUGAUGACCCACCAACGCAUCCAUACCGGGGAGAAGCCCUAUGAGUGUCCUGAGUGCGGUAGGAGCUUCACCGUGAGUUCUGCCUUGAUUAAACACCAAAGGACCCACCGGGAAGGGAAGCCCUAUGAGUGCCCCGACUGCGGGAAGAGCUUUAUCCGCUGCUCGAACUUCAUCACCCAUCGGAGGACCCACGUUGGGUAGAGCCCUGG